GGUAUUUGGCGGGUAUGCAAUUGCGUAGACCGAAAUCCGAAAGAGGAGAGAAAUUAAUAAAGAAAGAAAAGCCCCACAUACCGUACAGUCCUAGUGAGAGAGAAAGCACGCUCUGUACAGUGAAGCUCCUUCUCCGUCUCUCCGAAUCCAUGUGGCAUUUGACGCUCAAUUGUGUCUACUACAUGCGGACUGGGGCGUGUGGAUAUGGUAGCAGGUGCCGGUACAAUCACCCGCGUGAUCGUGCUGAGGUUGCUGCGAGAGUAAGAGCUAUAGGGGACUACUCAGAACGGGUGGGGGAACCUCCAUGCCAGACUGGAACCUGUAAAUUUGCUGCAUCCUGUAAAUUCCACCAUCCUAAAAAUGGAGGUGGAUAUUUAAGCCAAGCUCCAUUAAAUGUUUAUGGAUACCCGUUACAGCCGUGUGUUGUUAAACCAUACAUUUUGUUUAAACAAGGUGAGAAAGAAUGCUCCUACUAUUUGAAAACAGGGCAGUGCAAAUUUGGUAUAACUUGUAAAUUCCAUCAUCCUCAACCUGCUGAUGCAUCAUUGCCAGCAUCUGCACCUCAAUUUUAUCAACAGGUGCAGUCUCCUACAAUUCCUCUGCCUGAACAGUAUGGAGGAGCUUCCACAAGCUUGAGAGUAGCCAGGCCUUUUGUAUUGUCUGGUUCAUAUGUACAGGGGGCUUAUGGUCCUAUACUUCUUUCCCCAGGGGUUGUUCCAUUUCCUGGAUGGAGUCAUUAUUCAGUGAGAGAGACGUGUGUGCGACUGUGUCCUGUUGCUGGGGCCACUUCUUUAUAUGGAGUGACCCAGUUGUCAUCACCAACAUCAGCUUUUGCUAGACCAUAUACUCCGUUGUCGUCUACUAUCGGCCCUUCAGGAAACAGCUUGAAGAAUCAAUUAUUUCCUGAAAGACUUGGUGAACCUGAAUGCCAAUACUAUCUGAAAACGGGAGACUGUAAAUUUGGACUAGCUUGUCGAUAUUAUCAUCCUCGGGACCAUAUAGUGGCACGACCACUUCUUAGCCCCAUUGGACUUCCUUUACGGCCGUUUGGCUCCACGUGCAAAUUUGACCAUCCGUUGGGAUCUAUGAGAUACAGUCCAUCGGUAUCUUCUCUCAUUGAGGUGCCAAUUACUCCAUAUCCAGUUGGGUCUUUACUGCCUCACCUUGCCUCUUCAACAUCUUCAGAGCUUUGGUUUGAACUGAUAUCAGGGUCCAAAAAGGAAUCCCAUUCAGCCAGAAUACCUUUUGGAAAUAGUUCCGCUACCUCUGUGGGUUUAAUUUUCUCACAAAGUGGGUCUGGCUCGCUAUCUGAUGUGCAACUCUCGAGUCAGAGUUCUGCCCCUCUAAGCAAUAGCAGAAGCACCAGACAAAGCGAUGAGAUACGUUGAUAUGGCUAGUGUAAAACUUGAAAAUGACUCCUUAUUUAUUGGAUGUGAUUUCACAAGCCUCUUUUGCUUCUGUCUAUAGUCCUCAGUAUUUUGAUGGCAACUGUUCAAAGUUUCACUAUCGAUGUUGAGAAUUCGUCAUUCAAUCUUGUUUAGAGCCUAUACUAAUUACCAGGUCAUUCUCAUUUAUGCUCAUCUCAUCUGAUUAUAUUAGUAUCUCAAAUAAGGUUCAAUAGGAAACUCUAUAUUGUCUACUCUUCCUCUCAUGAAUAUUAGUAUUAUUCAUCCUUUAA